GGGGCGUUCACAUGAGUGGAUGUGCUGCUAAGCAUAAACGAUCACGCGCGUUAGCACCCACUUGAUUAGUGCCGAAUUGGCGGCUACGCAUUAUUUGCUGACUGCUGAGCGAGCGGGGGCCUGCAACAAAAAGGUUAACUUCUUGGAGAAACACCGCUGCCCCCCAAAAUGAUGCUGGAGAACUCCAAGGAAAUGCCAAUAAAUGAGGACGUCGAAAAAGAGAUAUACGAAUGCUUCUCCCUGUUUGAUACAAACAAAUGCGGUUACAUCGACAUCCGCGAAUUUUACUUCGCCCUUAAGUCGCUUGGACUGAAUUUCAAAAAAGAGGAAGUGAAGAAUCUCUUCCUCCAAGUGAAGAAAAACAUCGACGAUAAAUUAAAUUUCGAUGAAUUUUUCGAAAUCGCAACGAAACAUAUUCAUAAGAGAUACACUGAGGAGGAAAUGGACAACAUGUUCGCGCUCUUCGACCCGAAUGACACAGGAAAAAUAACGCUAACUUCUUUGCGAAACGUGUGUGCCGAAAUAGGGGAACACAUCGACGACGCGGAACUAAACCACAUGAUCGAGUUUGCCGACAGGAACAACGAUAAGGUUAUCGACAAGCAGGAAUUCAAGAGAGUCCUUUUAAGCGCAUGGAAAAACGACCCGCUCAGUGACGUAGACUCGGAUUAGUAUAUUCCCCCACACGAGAACACGC